AUGUUGUCCCAAGAAGGACGACAAAGUACUGAGCACGAUGGCGCCGUGAAGGAGACAGCAAUUGAUGCAUCAUUAUGUAAAUUAUCUGCUAGUCAACUUGGAUAUUAUACCGAUCCGUUUGUACAAUAUUUUGUCAAAUCUCCAUCACGUCGUAUGCCAAUAAUUAAUCGUGGAUAUUAUGCUCGAGUUACGGCUAUUGAAUCGCUUGUACGCAAAUUCUUAGGCGCUGAGGAUGUAAAAGGAAAGAAACAAGUGGUAAUCUUAGGUGCAGGACUGGAUACAAUGUUUUUUCGCUUAAAAAGCAAUGAAAUGCUUGCAAAUUGUGAGUAUUUUGAGCUGGAUUAUCCCGAUAUCACCCUGCAGAAAGUAAGUGCUAUCAAGCGACGAAAACGACUUGCUGAAGUCUUGGGACUUGGAGAGAUCAAGACAUUUAUGACAGCAGUAUCAUCAGGAUAUACAGAACUUCAUGUACCUGGGUAUCAUUUACUACCUUGUGAUCUAAGGGACUUGGAUGGAACGACAGCAACAUUAAUAACAGCAGGGAUUAAUCCCAAUGUGCCAACGCUUUUCGUGUCGGAGUGUGUACUUAUCUACAUGGAGGCCAAGUUCUCGACGCAACUUGUUGAAUGGGCUGCAUCAUACUUUGAAGAUGUGAGUUUUGUACUAUAUGAACAGAUCUUGCCUGAUGAUGCAUUUGGAAAAGUGAUGAUGGCAAACAUUAAAGCACGUGGCUGUGACUUGUUGAGUAUCUACGACUUCCCGACUGUCGAAGCGCAGAUUGCGCGUUUUAUUCAACAUAGCUAUGAGCUAGCACAAUGCUGGGAUAUGAACAAGAUCUAUUACCACUAUCUCGAUCCGUCUGAACGUACCAAGUGUGAGAAACUUGAAAUCUUUGAUGAACUGGAAGAGUUUCAUUUGUUGCAAGCGCAUUAUUGCAUUGUUGUUGCUAAUAAGAAAGCCUCGACACCGAUUGCACGCGCAUUAGCGCUGAGCAAAGCCCAUGCAUGA